GAGCACCACUUCCGCCUCAUCCCAAUCUACGCCAACCAUUUAAAAUCUCCCCCUAUCCUGUCGCGCCUCUGUUUUUCCUUCUCUUGUUGCUGCUCGAUAUUCAGUCCCCUUCCCCUCCCAUUUGCUGCCAUGGCUUCUGCUGCUCUGACUGCUGCGCUCUCCCUCCCUUCUUCUUCCAAAUCCUCCUCCUCCUCCUCUGUCUCCAUCUCUUCUGUCUCUCUCGACAGGAUCGCCAGCUUCCACAAGGCGUGCUGGUGCUCUAAGAGAAGAAGCGUGGUGAGGAAGCAUGCCUGUGUAGCUGUGAGAGCUCAGGUGACGACAGAAGCAGCGCCCGCGAAGCCGGUGAAGGUCUCGAAGAAGCAAGACGAGGGCGUGGUGACCAACAAGUACAAGCCCAAGGAUCCCUACAUCAGCACCUGCCUCCUCAACACUAAGAUCACCGGCGAUGAUGCUCCCGGCGAGACUUGGCACAUGCUCUUCACCACUGACGGGGAGAUUCCUUACAGAGAAGGGCAAUCCAUUGGAGUUAUCGCCGACGGGGUUGACAAGAAUGGGAAGCCACACAAGUUGAGAUUGUACUCGAUUGCCAGCAGUGCUCUUGGAGACUUUGGUGAUUCCAAGACUGUUUCUCUCUGUGUAAAACGGCUUGUUUAUACGAAUGAUCAAGGGGAGAUUGUCAAAGGAGUCUGCUCAAAUUUCUUAUGUGACUUGAAGCCUGGUGCUGAAGUGAAGGUCACAGGGCCAGUUGGGAAAGAAAUGCUAUUGCCCAAAGAUCCUAAUGCGACAAUAAUUAUGCUUGCUACUGGAACUGGGAUUGCUCCUUUCAGGUCUUUCUUGUGGAAAAUGUUCUUUGAGAAGCAUGAUGAUUACAAGUUCAAUGGACUUGCAUGGCUAUUCCUGGGAGUUCCCACAAGCAGCUCAUUGCUCUACAAGGAUGAGUUUGCCAAGAUGGAGGAGAAGGCACCGAAGAAUUUCCGAGUGGACUAUGCAGUGAGCAGAGAGCAAACAAAUGAGAAAGGCGAGAAAAUGUACAUCCAAACUCGCAUGGCACAGUAUGCGAACGAGCUGUGGGAGUUGCUCAAGAAAGACAACACUUAUGUCUACAUGUGUGGACUGAAAGGAAUGGAGAAGGGGAUUGACGACAUUAUGUUGGAUUUAGCUGCCAAGGAUGGUAUUGACUGGAUAGCUUACAAAAAGGAAUUGAAGAAGGCAGAACAAUGGAAUGUGGAAGUCUACUGAUUUAUCUCAGUUGAUGCUAAUAUUUUUCGUUAAGGAUCACAUCCCUUAGUGUGAUUGUGCUUAUGUAUAUAGUCUCCUUUCAACUUUUGGCCCUAUUAAAUUUGGAAAUGUAGCAAAAAAUAUAUAGUUAAUAUCAACUUCAUCA